CAUUCAUAUUAUAUCCUUUUUCUAGAUGAGCAAAUUUAUGGAUGUUUUGACUGUUUUUGUAAUUUGUUUUUGUAAUACAUAUUUGUACUAAAGUUCCUUAAGAUUUAUCAGAAAGUGUGUAAAAAGUGUAAAUUGUUUUAAUAUUGUAGUACAUAGGUAUCAGUGUUAAUGAACAUUUUCAACUGGAUCCAUAUCCAUAUCAACCGCGUUUUACGAACGACACGACAAAACGUGAACAGCGUUUUCAAGCCGCAAGAUCAGCAUUUUUAAAACAAUUUAGCUUACUCAGGGUUUAUCAUCACAGCGUCGAUAUAGAGAACCAAAACGCUUGUUUAAGUGCAUUCUGUAUCGCUGUAAAAUUGCAACAGUAGAUUUUUGGGCCUAUCGCCAGUAAUCGUUACAAUGAGCGAGUGGGAAGACAACGACGAUUCUGGGAAAUCUUUCGGUCAGAGCAGAUAUUCUGGGGGUGAUGAUAGUGGCUAUCCUGAAAGCCGACAAAGUCAUCGAGGACGCAGCUUUCGUGGAGGACGCGGUAAUCAUGGCAGCAAAUUUCACGAAAACGGGAAUGGCUCCAGGAGUAACAACUAUGCUCGGGAGGAGAAAAAUGGGGAUGGAAACGAAAAUGUACGCACUAGUUUCCGUGGGGGUAGGGGUGGACGGGGCGGCCGAGACGGUGUAGGAAGCAAUGAAACAAAUGCUAGAAAUAAUCGCGGUGGUAGUUUCCGUACACGCGGGAAAGAAGAAAGCAGCAAUAAUCUGGUAAACGGCGACCGGGUAAAAACUGACAAACCCAGAGAAUUAUAUAUACCACCGGCUCCUACCGAUGAUGAAAAAGAAAUGUUCGGAUCUGGAAUAAGUUCCGGUAUUAACUUUGACAAGUUUGAUGAAAUUAAAGUCAAAGUUACUGGCGAAAAUCCUCCGAAACCAAUAGAUUCGUUUGCUAAUUCAGGACUUCUCGAUUGCCUUUUAAAUAAUGUACGCAAAUCGAACUACCAUAAACCAACUCCGAUCCAGAAAUAUGCCAUACCUAUUAUCAUGGAUGGACGGGAUUUGAUGGCAUGUGCACAAACAGGAUCCGGUAAAACUGCCGCUUUUUUGCUGCCCAUGAUAAACACUUUGUUGAAUGAAAAUUGUAAUAGACAAGCCGAAAGUCCGCAGAUUUUGGUAAUUGUGCCUACUCGUGAGUUAGCUUUGCAGAUAUUCAACGAAGCGCGAAAAUUCGCUGUCGGAUCAUUCUUGAAGACUUGUAUUGCCUAUGGAGGCACAGCUACCCGUCACCAAAUGGAUAAUAUCCAAAACGGUUGUCAUAUUCUUGUUGCAACGCCCGGUCGAUUAAUAGAUUUCGUUGACAAACAAGCUGUAUGUUUCGAUCGGAUUAAAUUCGUGGUACUGGAUGAAGCUGAUCGCAUGUUGGAUAUGGGCUUCAUGUCAGAUGUGGAAAAAAUAAUGAGUAAUGAAACGAUGCCUUCUAAAGAAUCACGCCAGACUCUCAUGUUUUCCGCAACAUUCCCGGGUGCGAUACAAGAACUGGCUGGACAAUUUUUGAAUAACUACAUAUUUGCAGCUGUCGGUAUUGUUGGCGGUGCAAGUGCAGACGUUGAACAAACCGUAUUCCAGGUGACAAAAUUUCAGAAACGCAAAAAAUUGCAAGAGAUUUUAGAGUUAUCCGAUGCUAAGGGUACUUUAGUGUUUGUCGAAACGAAACGAAAUGCAGAUUAUCUAGCUUCACUGCUCUCCGAGACGACAUACCCAACAACUUCCAUUCACGGUGAUCGGUUGCAACGAGAACGAGAAGAAGCCUUGCGAAAUUUUAAAUCUGGAAAGAUGCACAUUCUGAUUGCAACAUCCGUGGCAGCUCGAGGAUUAGAUAUCAAAAAUGUUCUUCAUGUUAUAAAUUACGAUAUGCCUAAAAGCAUCGAUGAUUACGUACAUCGGAUUGGUCGAACGGGACGAGUCGGCAAUAAAGGUCGGGCAACCAGUUUUUACGAUCCAGAAUCUGACGCGGCAGUCGCGUCCGAUUUAGUGAAGAUUCUCAAACAGGCGGAUCAGGAAGUACCGGUCUUUCUUCAGGGUGUGUCUAGUAGUUCAUCCUUCGGUGGGGCGAGUCAAUUUGGUGGGCAAGACAUACGAGAUAGGAAUAAUGAAGGAUCUCGGCUUGAUGCAAUGCCGAAUCAGAUGGAACCAGAAGAAAGUUGGAAUUGAGUAAGUGACACUAAGUGUCCUAUCUGUAUGGUCUGCGUAACAAAGCUUCAUAUGCAUGAUUUUCCUUAUAUUGUGGAGAGGUUCGAAUUUAUGUCAUUCUUU